CAUUUACAUACGAUACGACUUCAGCCGAUCGUUCCUUCCUUCCCCAAAUAUAAACACCGCAAAUCCAGCUUUCUCCUCUCUCCGAUCCCAUCGUCCCUUGUCUCCCAUUUCUUCAUUCUCUCUCUCUCUCUCUCUCUCUCUCUCUCUCUCUCUCUCUCUUCUGCAACUUGUAGGGAUAGGGUUUUUGCUCAGAAAGAAAUGGGCCAACAGUCUCUGAUCUACAGUUUUGUCGCUCGAGGCACCGUGAUCCUCGUCGAAUACACCGAGUUCACCGGCAAUUUCACCAGUAUCGCCUCUCAGUGCCUCCAAAAGCUCCCCGCUAGCAACAACAAGUUCACCUACAAUUGCGAUGGCCACACCUUCAACUACCUCGUUGAAAAUGGAUUCACCUACUGUGUUGUUGCGGUUGAAUCUGCUGGCAGACAAACUCCUAUUGCCUUUUUGGAGCGAGUUAAGGAGGAUUUCAACAAGAGAUAUGGUGGAGGGAAAGCUGCAACUGCUGUUGCCAAGGGCUUGAACAAAGAGUUUGGGUCUAAAUUAAAGGAGCACAUGCAAUAUUGUGUGGAUCAUCCAGAGGAGAUCAACAAGCUUGCGAAGGUGAAGGCUCAGGUUUCUGAAGUCAAGGGAGUGAUGAUGGAAAACAUUGAGAAGGUUCUUGACCGUGGAGAGAAGAUUGAGCUGCUGGUAGACAAAACUGAGAACCUUCGCUCACAGGCACAAGAUUUCAGGCAACAGGGGACCAAGAUAAGGAGGAAGAUGUGGUUCCAGAAUAUGAAGAUAAAAUUGAUUGUUUUGGGUAUCAUCAUUGCGUUGAUUCUCAUCAUUUUCCUGUCGAUCUGCCAUGGCUUCAAAUGUACUUGAUUAGGUUUGUCCUGCUGGGAUUGGUUCGUCCUCCUAUUUUGACAUUUCCGUUAACAAAUUUCUUGCUCUAGGUUACACCUUCCCCUUUCUGCGAGCCUUUUUAAAGGCCUGUAGUUUGAUUUGGUUGUAUAGGAGAUACACAGGAAUUUCUUAUCUUGAAAGUAGAAAAAUCUUUAUGCAUGAGGCUUUCUUCUACAUAUCAUGCGACAUUUUUUUAAUAUGUAAUGGAGGAAUACUUGGAUGAUUGCACAUAUAGAUCUGUUUCUUUUUUACAAAUUACAAGUAGUGCUUGUUUGGUUCGGUUCAA